ACAACACCAAUUACCAAUUCUUGGGCCAACCCAAACCCUAAGCCCUAAUCCAUAGCAAGCAAUUUGCAUUUAUUCCGAAACACAAUCAUUAAACUCCAAAACAUACAGAAAAUCUGCCGCGAUUUCGCCCGUCUCCUCAUUCUCAUCUGCAUUGCUUGGCCUGCAACCAUGGCGGAACAGACCGAGAAAGCGUUUCUGAAGCAGCCGAAAGUGUUUCUAUGCUCGAAGAAGUCGGGGAAGGGUAAAGCACCUGGAAAGGGCGGCAACCGCUACUGGAAAAACAUCGGAUUAGGGUUCAAGACCCCGCGUGAAGCAACUGAAGGCACAUAUAUUGACAAAAAAUGUCCGUUCACCGGUGAUGUGUCCAUCCGAGGCCGUAUCCUUGCUGGAACCUGCCACAGUGCUAAGAUGAUGAGAACAAUUAUUGUUCGACGUAAUUACUUGCACUGGGUGAAGAAGUAUCAAAGAUACGAAAAGAGGCACUCAAAUAUUCCAGCUCACAUAUCCCCUUGUUUCCGUGUGAAAGAGGGUGACCAUGUCAUCAUCGGCCAAUGCAGGCCGUUGUCAAAAACCGUAAGAUUCAAUGUUCUUAAGGUGAUACCAGCAGGAUCAUCCGGUCUAGGAAAGAAGGCCUUCACAGGGAUGUGAAGAAACAGGCAAUGUAUACUUCUCCCAAACGUUUAAUAUCUCAUUUUGAGAUGGUUUUGUAGACUAGUCUCAGUCGAAACUUGAGCUGUCCCUUACGUUUAACUUUCAAGCAUCAUUUUUGAAAUUUAUCGAAUUCAGAGCAACAUUCCAUUUCGGGAAAGAAUUGAAAGAUGCAGAAUACCUGUUCACCA